AUGGCGGCCAACGGCAUGACUAUAUCCCCCGACGCACAGGCGCAGGUGAAUGGCAUCGUACACGAUGACACUGCGAAAAACCGCGUACCAGUGCAUACAUUUAAUCCUGACGCGUCCCCCGAGGCGAAGGCCGCACAAGCUGGCCAGCAUGCAGACAAGCUAAAACCGAGCGACGACGGUGCUGCGAACGGCAGAGAACUCGCGGUUGAUACGGGGAACAGCGCCAUUGUGCCUACCAUCACGAUUGAGCAUGCGGAUGACACACACAAUAACGGUGACGCACAGUAUGAGGAACUUCAGUCGCCACUAUCACCGCAGUCGUCAGAGACACAGAUCCCCGGCGCCAUGCCCGAGGGGCCAGCACCUGCUAUCCCGGACUGGUACAAAGUAGGCUGGCGAGCGGUGGGCGGCAUCGACUCACCUGCAAAGACAGAAGGCGGAGAGAAAGACAAGUAUGUGCUUGCAGCAUUCAUCAGCGAGCAAUUCUACGGAGAAUGGUAUCACAACGCGUCCCUUGUGGUGGCACUGAUGCGCGCACCUAAGGCCGUCAUCUUCUCACAUUUCUUCACCCGUUUCGGCUUUGGGUGGGGCUGGCUCUUCAUCCUGCUCGCGUUCUGUAACACCUAUUACACAACUUCUAUGGCGCGUGUGCGCCGGCGAGCGCGGGACGACAUCCAACGUGAGCUCGUGAAGACGCGCCUUUCGUCCGAGUCCGAGUUUGAGACGGCCGACUGGAUCAACAACUUUCUGGACCGCUUCUGGCUGAUAUACGAGCCUGUGCUUUCGCAGACAAUCAUCGCAUCUGUGGACCAGAUCCUGAGCACGAACUGCCCCACAUUCCUCGAGUCGCUGCGGCUGAGCACUUUCACGCUUGGAACCAAAGCGCCGCGGAUUGACAAGGUGAAGACGAGCCCGCGGACCUCAGACGACGUCGUGCUCAUGGAGUGGGGCGUCUCGUUCACGCCGAACGACGUCUCCGAGCUGACGGAGAAGCAAAAGCAGGACAAGGUGAACCCCAAGAUUGUGCUCUCCGUCCGCGUCGGUAAGGGCAUUGCGAGUGCGACGAUACCUAUCCUAUUGGAGGACAUCUCCUUCACUGGUGUCCUGCGCGUGCGCAUGAAGUUGAUGACCACUUUCCCGCAUGUCCAGCUGGUGGACUUGUCCUUCCUGGAGAAGCCCGCCUUUGACUGGGUGCUGAAGCCCAUUGGCGGCGAGACGUUUGGGUUCGACAUCGGCUUCAUCCCCGGACUGUCAAACUUCAUCCGCGAAAUGGUGCACGGCACCUUGGCCCCCAUGAUGUACGACCCGAACGUGUUCACACUCAAUCUUGAGCAGCUUCUCUCCGGGGAGCCUCUUGACCAGGCAAUUGGUGUCCUUCAGGUCACGGUACAGUCGGCUCGUGGCCUCAGGGGUAGCAAGAUCAGUGGCGGCUCUCCAGACCCGUAUGUCAGUCUGAGCAUCAACAGCAGGAGUGAGCUCGCGAGAACCAAAGCGAAGCAAGACACCGCGAACCCCACAUGGUCGGAGACGAAGUUCCUGCUUGUCAACUCGCUCACAGAGUCGCUCAUACUCUCCGUCAUGGACUUCAACGAUCACCGCAAGGACUCUGAGAUCGGGAGUGCAUCUUUCGAUAUGUCGAAGCUGCGCGAGGACGCUUCGUACGAAGGCCUCGAGGCGCCGAUUUUGAAGGAUGGCAAGGAUAAAGGCAUGAUACGCUAUGACGUUACCUUCUAUCCCGUCCUGAAGUCUUCUGGGGACACGGGCGGAAAGGAGGAACUGCCGGAAGACACGAAGGUCGGCAUCGUCCGCCUGACGAUGCACCAGGCGAAGGAUCUCGACCACACAAAGUCUAUGUCGGGCGAUUUGAAUCCCUUCUGCCGUGUGCACCUCGGGACGGACCCGCAUCCGAUGUUCACCACGAACAAGAUGAAGCACACGAACAACCCUGUCUGGGAGACGAGCACCGAGUGGCUCUGUACGGAUCGGCCAGGCUCAGUGGUGACAAUCAAAAUCGUCGACGACCGUGAGUUCCUCAAGGAUCCGAUCAUUGGCUACAUGUCGGUGCGCGUGGAGGAUCUCUUGAACGCCAACAAGGAAGCCGGACGCGACUGGUGGGAGCUGAGCAACUGCAAGAGCGGGCGGGUGCGUCUGAGUGCGGACUGGAAGCCGCUGAACAUGCCCGGGAGUGUGCACGGCGCGGACCAGUAUGUCCCUCCGAUAGGCGUGGUGCGGCUGUGGCUGCAGAAGGCGACAGACGUCAAAAACGUCGAAGUAGCUCUAGGAGGGAAGAGCGACCCGUAUGUCCGGGUACAGAUCAACAAUAUCACGCAAGGCCGCACGGAAGUCAUCAAUAAUAGCAAGUGUUUCCUUCUGACAGCGUCUGUACUGACCUCUGAUGCGCUCUGUCCAGACUUGAACCCGGAGUGGGAUCAGAUCAUCUACAUUCCAGUGCAUUCGCUGAAGGAGACCAUGAUGCUGGAGUGUAUGGAUUACCAACACCUGACGAAGGACCGUUCCCUUGGCUAUGUCGAGCUGAAAGUGUCGGACCUCGCCAAGCCUGCUGCUGGAGACUCGGAGUUCCUCCAUGAGUCGACUGGGAAAAGGGCGGUGGCAGAGCCCAUCAGACUGGAUAAAGGCUCGUAUAAGGGCAAGCUGCACUAUGAAGCAGAGUUUGUUCCUGCUAUCCCAGUCAAGGGCAUUGGAUUUGAGAGCGGUCCGAAUCUCAUCCAGCGCGCCGCGCAGCGUGGUGCAGAGUCGGAAGGAGAGAUCGUGGACGACCACUCGUCCACAUCCUCGAUGCGACGUGAGCGCAGCGCCCACCAUGUUCCUGAGGGCAUCACUGUGUCCCGGCCGCUCGGCCUCGAUGAGAAGUCUGAGGCUGCGGGUGUGAACCUUUCGCCAAGCUCACCAACUUCGCCUAUUCCUGCACAGCCUGCUGAGAAUGCCGACGGUGCCGCGGCGCCAGAAGGUGGUAAGGUGGAAGAGGGGCGUCCAGAAGAGCAAGGGAAAGAGCUGUCUAAGGAGGAGCUGCUGCAACACCAAUCCGGCGUUAUCGUUUUCAAUGUCAUCUCGGGGCAGCUGCACAAGAAGGCGCGUCUUGAGGUUCUCCUCGACGAGGCGUACUGGCCCGCUUUCAGCACUGUCCGCCCCCACAGUCACAAUGCGCACUGGGAGUACAUUGGUGAAGGCUUCGUCAAGGAACUCGACUUUGGUCGCGUGUGGCUUAGGCUCAACGAGGCGGACGAGGGCGAUCGAGACGAUAUCAUCGCUGAGUGGAAGGGUGAUGCGAAGCCCUUCUUGCAGCACACACUGGACGGUCCUAUGACAUUCACCCUCCUGCACAAGGACGAUGAGGAGAAGAAGUCCACCGUCGAGCUUGAAGCGCGCUACGUUCCAGUACCCAUCGUACUUGAGCCCCGGGAGAGCGUCAACAAUCAAGGGAUGCUCCGCAUAGAUCUGCUAGACGGCAGUGAGAUCCAGGGUGUCGACAGAGGCGGUAAAUCCGAUCCAUUCGUCGUGUUCCACCUCAAUGGCCAGAAGAUGUACAAGUCACAGACGAAGAAGAAGACGCUUAAUCCUGAGUGGAAUGAGAACUUCGUCUUACAAGUGCCGUCACGAGUGGUUGCUGACCUCACGGUCGAAGCCUUCGACUGGAACCAGAUCGAACAGGCUAAGAGUCUAGGCUCUGGCAAGCUUGACCUUGCAGAUAUCGAACCCUUUCAAUCUGCUGAACGCGUCAUUCCUUUGUCGUCUGCAAAGCACGGUCAGAAGGGCUUUGUCAGGGUCCGGUUACUGUUCCAGCCCGAGAUUAUUGUGAAGACACGGAAGAACACUUCCACGUUCUCCUCCGCAGGUCGUGCAAUGACCCAGAUUGGUCACAUCCCUGUGGGCCUUGCGGCCGGUGCUGGCAAAGGUGUCAUCCAUGGCGUGACUGGUGUCUUCAAGAGCAAGGAUCAUGUCAAGAGCGAGGUUGUUGAGGCGGAUGACCGGGCGUCGGUGUCGGACCUUCCUGCUGGACAGUCGUCCCAACCCAUAGGAUCAAGUUCCCCCAUUGCAAAUGCAGCUUCAGCUGUAUUCCCUUCGCUCGGCACCAACGGCUCCAUAUUCAACAGCGCAGGUUCACUCAAUGGUCAAUCGCAAGAGCAUGGCUCGUUGCGCGUCAUGAUCAUGGACGCGAAAGACCUCUCGUCGGGUGACAUCAAGCCCUAUGUGGUAGUCCGAGUGGGUGACAAGGAGCACAAAACGAAACACUCGCACAAGACUAUGACUCCAGAGUGCCCCUGCCACACAACCCAAGAUGCACGCAUGGAUUUAUGA